AUGUUUCCUUUGGUGAACCCCCCGAACAGGGUUCUUCAAGUGGACGCUAAGCUCCUCGAUAAUGAAAUUUUUGACAUUCUUUCGAAGCAGCUGAACGAGGCCAUUUCCAAUCCGAAACUGCCGCGCUUUUUCCAGCUUCUCAACUCCAGAUACUCUGACGAGCUGCGACUGGCCUUGGAACUGUUUGUGUUCAAAGUGACAAUAUGGAACAAAAACAGCAGCUAUGGUCUGCUACUCCAGAAUUUGGUGAUGUCGGACGGUGGCGAUCGACGCAGACAUACCAAGUCGGAGCUUUCCAGACUCAAGAAGACCGCCCUUUUGUCGUAUCUGAUCCUGUCUUAUCUGUACAAAAAGCUGGAGUCGCAUCUGUACAGCCUAGACGACGAUGAUGAGGAAGACCGCACCAAAUUGCAUCAAUUUUUACACAGGAUUAUGGCCAAAUUGCAGAAAGUUCUGCCUACGCUCCAGAAAUGGUACGCCGGCCUUUCGCUUGCCAACUUUCUUGCUUUCCUGAUCCACGGACAAUACCCAAAUCUUGUCAAUAGAGUUCUUCGCAUCAGGUACAAGCCACUCGUAUCCACACAAGUCUCAUUUGCGUCGAACCCGGAGACCAUCUCGUACGAGUUCCAGGACAGACAGCUGGUCUGGAACACGCUGACGGAAUUCCUCGUAUUUAUAAUGCCGAUGCUCUCAAUGUCCAAGUUGUCCAAGUCAGUUGUGCGGCUGUUGCAGACAGAUCAGAAACAGGAUGAAAAGGAAACCAUCUACCGGUUCCUUCCCGAACGAUGCUGCGCAAUCUGCUAUCAAAACACCACGCGUGCUGGUGUGGCCGACGCGUCGAUCGACGAACAUCUCAUCACAAACCCAUUCGAGACUAGUUGCGGCCACGUCUACUGCUAUGUGUGUCUGAUGGCAAAGCUUGAGGACGGAGAUCCGUGGCAGUGUUUGCGGUGCGGCGAGCGCGUCGAGUUUGUGCGGGUGUUCGACGGCGAGCCUGCUGACUACGAGCCAGACUCCAGCGACCAGGAGUCGGUUUCGGACUACUCGGACGACUCUGGCAGCGAGUCGGAUUCGUCUACUGGUUAUUCAGAUAAGGUCGAUAAGGUCUAUAAUUAA